AUGGGCGCGGACGAGCUGGAGAUUCUCUCCCGCCCUGGCCACGCCUGCGGAGCAGUCCACGCUGCCGUCCUUCGGCUCGUGGACUCCGCCAGCGCGGACGUGGGCGCCGCUCUCCAAGAGCUUGUGGACAGCGUCCCCUGGCUGUUGGAGCAGAUUGAGAAUUUGGAGGAGACCGGCGCAGUCUACGCGCAGCUCUUUCCCAACGUUGCGGAGACACUGCAGCUCACCUUGCGGACGUUGCAACACCUGGGCUUGGCCGCCAUGGUGCACAGGCUGUGCUUCCACUCCUCUGCGCGCCUGGUACUGGGCUGGUCCUUGCGGCACCUGCAGCAGGCGUUGCAGCAGCAGGUCUCAACGCUCUGGUGGAUGUUCGACAUCGGCCAGUUCUCCAACACCAACAGCCCGGCCAAGCACCUCCAGGCUUUGCUGGGAUGUCUCCAGAAGGCUGAGGCGCUCUUCUAUGGGCUCCGGGAGCAGUUGCCCUCCGAGCUGCCGCGUUCUGAGCACUUUUGGGGCCACGAAGAGCACGGGAUGUUCAUGAACUCCACGGUCAUCUAUAGGACCAUCUUUCCCGAGUCUGCCAUCUUGGACAAGGGCUUGCUGAGGUUCUUGCUGAGGCUCCUUCCUGCGGGCGGCAGUCUGGCAGACUUCGGUGCGCUGGAUGGGCAGUACUCCAGGUGGUUGAACGACACCGGCUGGGUCUCCGCCUUCGCUUUUGAUGGCGUCACCGGCGUGGCGGAGAUCACAGAGGAGUCCGUCAGCGAGGCGGACCUUGCGGAGGAGCUAGACAUUGCUUGGCAUCCCGAGCCCUUCGAUUGGGUUCUUUGCUUGGAGGUCGCUGAGCACAUCCCCCCAGAGCACGAGUGGAAGUUCUUGAGGAACCUGCGUUGGCAUGCAUCACAGGGGCUGGUGUUGUCCUGGGCUCCUCCGGGCAUCGAGGGUGAGGGCCAUGUGAACUGCCAGGAGCUAGAGGAGUCUCGACGCCGUGUGGAGGCGCUGGGCUUCCGACAGGAUGAGGAAGCCACCGCCGCCCUGCGCGAGGCAUCCCAGGUUCCAUGGAUCGCAGCAUCCGUGGCGGUGUAUCGCUGCAAGCUUAGCAAUGAGCGCAUCGAGCCUGAGCCAGCGACAUUGAACUGGAUUCAUGACCAGCACUGA